AUGGAGAGGCACAUGCAUUUAUGGAGGGACGCUGACAAAUUGUCCUUUACAUUCGGCGACAAGCCGAACGGCGUUAUCUGCAAGCUCGUUACCAUUAAGGAUCACAUUUUUGUAGCUACUACAACCAGUAAUCUGUACCACGGCGAGGUGUCCUUCCAAAAUGACACUUGCUCCGUGAUUACCUUCAGAAGGGCUCAAUUCGAUGUCAUUGACGUAGCAUCCAAUUCCGAGCAUUUGUUCAUUGUAAAUACCAAUGGACAUGUUUUGAAAGUAAAUCCUCAGGACAUGAGCGUUGUAGAUACGAUAAUUCUUAAGGAAGAGGUGAAAUAUUGUAGCCACGGGUUUAAGGAAGAAAAUGAAAUAGUGAAAGUCAAAUCUGUAGCGGUUAGUGAUCAGGCAGCGUUAUUCGUUACGGAGAACGGGCAGCUCUGGGCUAGCGGUGGUCAGCCACAAAUAGAUGUAAAUAGUAUGGAACCAAAGAAAGUUCGAUUCUUCGAGGGCAGGACGGUGUCCGAGGUGGCUUGUGGCUCGAACUUUAAUGCGGUCACCGUGAGGAAAACCACCAAGCUUAUAAAAGACGAUACCGAUAGCGAGAACGAUCUGGAGGAAGAGGUUUUCGUUCAUUCCUGCCCGCAGUGUCUGAACAGCGUUAUGCUGAGCCCCGGUAGUGUAACAUCAUCGGACACGUGUCCCACCGGUCUCCACGCUCAGCAAUUUAGCGAGGAUCGUUCCACCAAUUCCAUCAGCGCUCUGUCCACUGCCAGUAAAGAACACAUCCCCCUGCCGGAGAUGGACAAGAAGGAGCAUCCCUCCGACAUCGUCGAGAACGGCGGGGAAUGCCUGAACGAGGUGGCGGAUUGCGAGAAGGAUGAGAAGAAGAACAUGAUAUUCAUCAACACCGAGACCGCCCGGCAGUUCUUGACCAGACAGCUGUCGUGGGUCUCGUCUUACGGUAGCGCCAAGGAGGACAUACCGAUGGAAAGUGUCGAUCGGCCGACAAGAUUGAUCAAGCAAAAUGUAUCGAAUAUGGCGAACUUGGUGUACGAGGGGGUGAAGAAUGUCGGCGGUAAGGUUGUCACUCUGUCGAGGCACAUGAGCGGGAGUUCCGACAUUAACGAGUCGAAGGCCGACAGCAACGAGAACUUGGAGGAGCAGGGUAACAGUUACACGAAACCGACCGCUAGCAGUUUGGCGCUGAGCCUGCGCUGCGAGGAAUUCCCCUGGUCGUCGAGUACCGGCUCCUCCGAGCACGAGCUGUCGCAGCAGGGCCUGAACGAGAGGAUCAACGCGUUGUCCCGCACCGGCAGCAACAUAUUGGCGACGGAACUCUGGACGUGGGGCGACGUGCAGUACGGCCAGUUGGGAACGGGCGACAUCAUUAAACGGCCGAGGCCGGUGCUGGUGGCGAAGCUCAGUCACACCGGCAUCCGAAAGAUAUCGUGCGGCACCUUCCACGUGCUCGCCUUGACGCUGGACGGCCGGGUCUUCGCGUGGGGCCGUAACAACUUCAAACAGGUGACCCUGCAAACUACGGUCGAUCAGAGCGCUCCCCAGCUCUUCACCACCAGGUUGAUGUCUAACGAGAGGGCCAUCGACAUGGCGGCCGGCAAUUUCCACACUCUGGUGAUGAUGCAUCAUGGUUUAUAUUUUAUCGGACAGUCGAGCAAAACCGGGGAUAUGUUUCAUUUGGAUGUACAAACCAAGGAGGAGUCGAACAGCCCGAGAGAGAUAUUCAGUUCCGGCCGGUACAGUUGUUGUUCCGUGAUAAACGAGCCGGCCAUCAACGUAUCGGAGGACCUGGUGAACGACCAGAUCUUUCUGGAGGAGAUGCUGACCGUUUAUCAGAAUCUGAUCAGGCCGUUCCAAAAGAAGAGCGGCGCCACCCAGGAAGCGAACGUGUACGAAACACUGUGCCGUUGUUACGCGGAGCUGAUGCACUUCAGUGUCUUAAACGUCAUAAGCUUAUGGGAUUACUUCAACCACAUCGGGGAGGCGUACGAGGUCGCAAUUGUUGCCAACAUAGAAGAAUUUAUCGCGGUGUAUAAAUAUUACUUAAACGCCGUCUGCGAUGCCAUGUCCCUCGGUGGUUUCACGCAUAUUGCGAAACUCAUCGAGGUGCCACAAGUAGUGUCGAAUUUAUUCAUAGACAAUCCGCGAGGUGGCGAUGUGAAAAGGAGUAACAAUGAGAUCGUCGUGACAAUGGCGUUGCAACAUCCUCUGUGUAAACUAAACAGGUACAAAAAUAUGAUACAUAAUUUAAUAAAGAGCAACGGCACGAGGAUGGGUGUUGAGCGAUUGCAAGAGGCCCUCGUCAAGUGGGAGCAGGUGCACGAUGAGCAGGAGAAGCGUCAAAAGGAGGCAGAAGCUACGAAGUUGUUCUGGGAGAGUUCCGGCAAGUUGGGAGAACUGUUGAGAUCCCCCGACAGGAGGCUGAUCAGAGAAUCGAGAACGUACCCGAUAUCGAUACUCAAUUCUGGUAGAUUUUCGUCCCACUGGUUUGUCCUGUUGACAGACAUCUUCAUCCACGUCACCGGCACCACGCACACGGUGCACCCGCUCCGUACGUUAUGGGUGGAUCCCUUGCCGGACUCCGAGAGUGUACAGAACGCUAUAUCGAUUGUUGCGCCGGAAGACAAUUUCGUAUUGUAUACUCCUACCCCUUCUGAACGUAAUGAGUGGUUGCAUGCUCUGCAAAAUACUAUAAAGUGCAGUUUGCAAAGAGUGAUCGGGAAUGUACCUCCAUUAGCGCGGUCGAGCUCGUUCUUUUUCACAAAACAUAAUAUUUUUAAGGACGCAACGUAUACUGGACGAUGGCUAAAUGGCAAGCCGCAUGGCUCUGGAAAGUUAGAAUGGUCUGACGGUCGUACGUACGUAGGGCAGUUUCACAAGGGUGUUAUUCAUGGUACUGGCAAGAUGGAGAUUCCUGUGCAGGGCGUGUACGAAGGCCAAUGGAAGGAUGGCCAGCAAAACGGAUACGGGACUAUGAAGUACGUCAACGGGGAUUUUUACGAAGGUUACUUUAAAGACGGCUUGCCUCAUGGACACGGUGUCAAGAAGGAAGGCCACUUUAUGGCAUCGAUCGCGUCGGUUUACAUUGGAGAGUGGGCUGCCGGUGUUAAACAAGGUUACGGAAUAAUGGAUGAUAUUAUGACAGGCGAAAAAUAUCUCGGGUCAUGGAGCAACGGGAUGAAACAUGGUUGCGGUUUAAUCGUGACACUCGAUGGCAUUUAUUACGAAGGUGUUUUUACGCAAGACGUCUUGACGGGUCACGGAGUCAUGGUAUUCGAAGAUGGCACACAUUACGAGGGCGAGUUCAAGUCCGCCGGUAUAUUUUACGGGAAAGGUACUUUGACAUUCCGAAGUGGCGAGAGGCUGGAGGGUAAUAUGAACGGUGCUUGGAACGAAGGUGUCAAAGUUAUCGCCACGUUGCACAUGAACAAGAGCGGUGGGAGUGCGCAACCCAAUACAAAGCCGGCAUCUUUCGGCAAACUGUGCGUAUCCCCGGAUCAAAAGUGGAAGGCGAUAUUUAAACAGUGCUAUCAGCAGCUCGGCGUGUCCGAGUCAGUGGUGAAAAAUUACAAUUGCGACAGAUCGAUCGACACGCAGAGAGCGUGGCAAAACGUCGCCAGUAUAAUAACGAAGUCCCAUCAGAGGACGCUGCAACGGAAGAAGCUCUCGGCGAACGCGUCGAACGCGAAGGAGAGGAACAGCGAGACGAUCGAUCACCUGGACAAGAUCCCGUGCUUCGGACGUAACACAUUCAGCAGUCAGAUUUACAAUAAGGUGCACAAGUAUCUAGUGAAGGCUUUCGAAAGCCCGCAUCAUCCAUUAGGCGCUCUUCUGACCGAAGUGGCCGCGGUAUACACAGCUACGUAUGGCGGUGUGAGAGUGCACCCGCUGUUACUCAGUCAUGCAGUAUCGGAGCUUCACAGCAUCACAACGAGGAUAUAUGAGAUCGUGCUUCUUUUGUUCCCGGAUCUACCAAGUUGUGGCACAGAGUUUAUUUUCGACAUUGACGGCAAGGAAGAAGAGGAGCAAGUUAUAAGCGCUGCCGCGAUACUUCAUCCGAUAUUACUGCCACGUGUACACUCAGCACUCUUUGUAUUAUAUGCCUUACACAAUAAGAAAGAAGACGAUGCAUACUGGGAGAGAUUAAUGAAAUGGAACAAGCAACCUGAUAUAACUCUAAUGGCCUUUCUCGAAAUUGAUCAGAAAUUCUGGAAAACUACAAGCGUAAUGAACAUCGCAGAUAACUCAUUGCCGUAUCAACACGAGCCAUACUUCAGCGACGCUAUAGAAACUUUGCAGCAACUUAAAACAACCUUUACAUCUUUAGAGAAGUUAUUAGUGGUCAGAAGUACAUUUGAACAAAUGACACAAGCAGUACAAAAGCAGUUAGGGUCUACGUAUUUAUGGACGAUGGAUGAACUGUUCCCGGUGUUCAGUUUUGUUGUAGUGCGCGCUAGUGUGUUACAAUUAGGGAGCGAAAUACACUUUAUCGAGGAUUUCAUGGAGCCGUAUUCGCAAAGUGGCGAACUUGGUAUCAUGUUCACUACUCUUAAGGCAUGUUAUUACCAGAUAUUGCAGGAGAAAACAAAUAUAGGCGAUUGAAAUUACAAAUAUAUGGUACAAUAAAGUGACAAGAUUAGACACACGGAUAAAAAAUAUAUAUAUGCGUAAAAAUAAUAUCAAACUCGAGAGAUAAUGUGGUAAGAUAAAUAUGGAUACACGGAUAAAAAGAUAUUCUGGUAGAGGGGUUUUAGCUUGAAUCCGUUAGUCUCGGGUUGUUAGAUCACAAAUGUUUCGCAAAGUACAUUUUCACAUUUCUGAGUUUGCACACAUAGGCUUAUUUUCAUCAAAGGCUUAUUAUCACAUCACGCAAGAAAAUGUACGAAAGUGAUAAACUGCAUUUACGACAUACAAUAGGGUCUUUAAUAUCUUAACUACAUAAAUAUGUAGUAAGACAAAA